AUGAAAUUUAACUAACUUAACAAAUAACUAAAGAACCAAAUCAUUUUUUUUUGCAAUGUAAAUACUGUUUAUAUUUUAGAUUUCAAAAGGGAAUGAUGGUUCUUUUGUAUUUAAAAAUAGUAUUCAGUCUAAAAUUUAAUAUCAAAAGAUAGAUGGUUGGAUUCAAUAAUAUACAUUGAAUAUAUUUACUAGUUUGGAUUUUUAAGAUAUCACUCACGUUAUCUAAAAAUAAGUUUAAUUGGAUUCACUAUUUAGAGAAAGUCUCUCAAAAGAUGAAUAAAAAAAUGAAAUAACCUUUUAAAUAGGAUAUAAUAUUGAUUCAUUAAAGUUGAUUAUAAAAAAGUAUUGUUAAUUAUAUAAUGAUAAUAUGUUAAAUUAAACCAUGACUUUGAAGUUGAAUUCAGAUUAAAUUCAAGAACAGACUAAUAAAAUAAGAAGUAUGAAUUCCAUACUUUAGUUUAAUGACUAAAAUCAAAUACUUGUAUUGUUGAAUAUUGAUAUGAACUGGUUAAAAAUUUAAUCAUUUUGUUGUAAAACAAGAGGACAGUUUCAGGAUAAAUUAUAUACUGAUUUAACAAUUAGAAAUCUCUCUAUAAAGCAUAAUAUUCAGAAUUGGUAUAAAAAGAAAAAUAAUACACCUAUUAUCAAAUUACCAUCUUAACAUACAUAACAAUAUUAAUUAAAUUAAAGAUUCUAAGAAUAAAAAUCAGUUGUAUUACCAUCACUUAAACCUUUAUCAUUUGCAUAUACUUAAAUAUAGAAGAAAUACAAACAAAUUAAAGGUUCUACAAGAAAAAAAACACCUGUACAAUAAUCUGCUGUAUAAUGUCCAAUCAAUACUGUAGAAUUCAAAAAACCAGAUAACAAUAAAACUGUUACUACUCGAUUACAUUCUAAUAGAUUUAAGACAGUGAUUGAGAUUAAAAUUCUACAAGACAAUAAAUAUUAUAUGCUUUCAGAUUAAGCAAAAGAUAUAAAUGUAAAUUAUCCACAAUCAAAAGGUAAAGAUGAAGUAGAAACCAUGUAUUCUUAGUUUUUUGGAAGUAUAAAUAGAAAAAGAGCUAUUACUAUUUCGAAUGGACUUACAAAUUAAAUUGAUUUAGAUUAUAAAUCAACAAAUUUGGAAGAUAAAAUCAAAUUCCAUAAGUUUUGA